AUGCCAGUACUCCAGUUACCGGAUCGGACUAUAAAUACGGUUGAAAUGACAUUAAUAUCAUUUAUUACUUUAGUGCGGCACGUGGAGGGUCAUUUGCAGAUGUAUUUAAACUUCAUUAAAACGAUGAUGCUUAUGCUAAUAAUCAUCUCUGAGAAAAACUUAUGGAAAAAUGCGAAAUCACUUGUUGGAAGUUGCAUGGAUAAAAAACAUCUUUCCAUAUUUACCGAUAAUUUUGUAGGUGCAGCAGAAAUUAUCACAGAUUAUGAGCUACCAGUACCAGUAAAACAUUUGAAGAGACAACUUGUUGAAGAAGAAAUGAAAUCAUAUGCUACAAUUUUGCUAACAUCAGCAGUGAUAGUCGCAUUGAUAACAUUCAUUUGUCUGAUUAUUAUGUUACAUAUCUUUAUCUAUAUGAGAUGGGGUAUCACUCGUCAACUUAUUCUUCUCAAUGCUAAGGUAUGUGCGCUCGAGUCACGCCUUGGAACACGUCAACUGCCGGAAGAAUUGCAAAGGAGAUUAUGUGAAGAAAUUGGUAUCACAUUUAAAACUGUCCAAAAUGAACGACAAAAAUUCGCUCAGGAAGUUGCCAAUGAGCUGGUGAAAACAGAAAAUGAAGCUCAAUAUGAAACAAUGUGCGGAAUAGGCGAUGAAAUAUUCACUACCAAAAAACAAGACGAAAAGAAUGUCCCUAAAGCUGCACCAGCUCAAAGUCUGCCUCCCAAAAAGCAAAUCGAAGGAUUAGCGAUUGCAGUAACACAACAAGAUAAGAUUAAAGCACCAAAAAUUGGUGGUAUGGUAGAUUAUGCAGAUCCAAAAUAUCAAACACUUGUUGGAAUGGAUAAUGAAAAAGUUUUCGCUGAAAAAAAAGCACCGACAGUAGGAGGUAUGGCGGAUCACGCGGAUCCGGCUUAUCAAACACUUUUCGGUAUGAAAAAUGCAAAUGUUUUUCAAAGAAAGGGUAAAUAA